AUGCCUAUAACUACUCCUGCUCCUUCGCUUUCUUUCAACCGGUUCUUUAACAUCAUUGCUGGUGACCGUUCCGAGACUAAACAAAAGCGUCAUGGCAUUAACCCCUCGACUCUUGAGCCAUUGGAGGACGUCCCAGUAAGCGGCCCGGCUGAUGUUGACUCGGCCGUCGUUUCUGCCCAAAAGGCAGCAGUAGGUUGGCGUUGCACACCCUUAGUUGAUCGCCAAAAGGCGCUCCUUCUAUACGCCGAUGCGAUCGAGGCACAAAUGGACGGCUUUUCAAAGCAACUAGUUACGGAACAGGGCAAACCUGUUUCUGCCGCUGUAACCGAAUUGCAAGAAUCUGUUAAGUCGAUAAGGGGCAUAGCCCAGCUUCCCUUCUAUGAAGACGAGGUGAUAGAGGACACUGAGGAACGCCGUAUAAUCACCCGAUAUGUACCCAUGGGGCUGCGACAAGGUGUUGCUGUGGGUAUCAUUCCUUGGAAUUUUCCCAUUCUCAUGUACGCUUUCAAAAUUGGGCCAGCCCUGGUCGCUGGAUGUCCCAUCAUCAUCAAACCGUCGCCCUUUACCCCGUACUCCGCUAUCAAGCUGGUUGAGCUUGCUCAGGGCUAUUUCCCUCCGGGCGUUGUGCAGGUUCUGAGCGGUGAUGACUCACUUGGGCCUUUGCUCACUGUCCAUCCUGGCGUCAAUAAGAUUAGUUUCACCGGCUCAACCGCAACUGGCCGUAAGAUCCUCGAAAGCAGUGCAAAGACGCUGAAGAGAGUGACCUUAGAGUUGGGAGGAAACGACUCAGCAAUUGUGUGUGGCGAUGUUGACAUUGCAACAGUGGCGCCUCAGGUCACUGCCUUUGCUCUCUACAACUCCGGGCAGGUCUGUGUUGGCAUCAAGCGCGUCUAUGUGCAUUCAUCCAUUUAUCGAAAGUUCUUAAACGCCAUGGUCCAGGCGGCAAAGUCUUUGGUUGUGGCAGAUGGUUUCAAUGAGACAGCUUUCACAGGGCCUAUACAGAACAAGACACAGUAUGACCGUGUACAGGAGUUCAUUCGCUCAGUCCGAGAGGGCAAUUAUGAAGUGGCUCUCGGCGAGGAAGAAGGGAUCAAUUUUCCUGGCAAGGGUUAUUUCAUCAACCCCAUCAUCGUCGACAACCCCAGUGAAGAUUCAAAAAUAGUGCAGGAAGAGCCCUUUGGCCCUAUAUUCCCUGUGCUCCAGUGGGAAGAUGAAGAGGACGUUAUUCAGCGAGCCAAUGGUACAGAGAUGGGCCUAGGAGCGUCUAUCUGGACCCAUGAUCUUGACAGAGCCGACCGAAUGUCGAGGAAACUUGAAGCUGGCAAUAUCUGGAUUAAUUCACACAUGGCAAUUCACCCGAGCGCGACCUUCGGCGGCCAUAAGAGUAGCGGUAUCGGGUCGGAGCUCGGCAUCGACGGCAUCAAGUCGUUUUGCAACACACAAUCAGUGUAUACCUACAAGGCUCACUGA